GAGAGAGAGAGAGAGAGAGAGAGAGAGAGAGAGAGAGAAGACUGAGUUCCCUUCGAUGUUGUCCUCCAUCAUGUCUAGCCCUCGGCUUAGUUCAGUGAUUGCUUCCCUGGUCGUGCUAUCCAUCAGCAUUGCCGCCCUGCCACCUCGAGCGGAAGCGGCCCGAGCUUUCUUCGUGUUCGGGGACUCUCUCGUCGAUAGCGGCAACAACAACUACCUGGUCACCACUGCUCGCGCCGACUCCCCGCCGAACGGCAUCGAUUACCCGACACACCGCCCGACCGGCCGCUUCUCCAACGGCCUCAAUUUACCCGACAUUAUCAGUGAGCAAAUUGGUUCGGAGCCAACGCUGCCAUACUUGAGCCCGGAGCUCAACGGGGAGAAGCUACUCGUCGGCGCCAACUUCGCAUCCGCUGGGAUCGGGAUCCUCAAUGACACCGGCGUUCAGUUUGUCACCAUAAUAAGGAUGUUCCAGCAGUUCGCGAAUUUCCAGGUGUAUCAAGCAAGGCUGAGUGCGCUGAUCGGAGCUGAUCAGGCGCGGCAGCGGGUGAACGAGGCACUGGUGCUGAUGACCCUCGGCGGCAAUGACUUCGUCAACAACUACUUCCUCACCCCCUUAUCGCCGAGGCGGCGCGAGUUCAACCUCCAAGCCUUCUCCGACUACCUCAUCUCCGAGUACAGAAAUAUCCUCCGGAGGCUGUACGACUUGGGAGCCCGCCGAGUGCUGGUGACGGGAACCGGGCCGUUGGGCUGUGUUCCGGCUGAGUUAGCCUCGCAAGGGAGCCUGAACGGCGAGUGCGUGGCGGAGCCCCAGCAAGCCGCCGCCAUAUUCAACCCGGCACUCGUCCGGAUGGUCCAAGGACUGAACCAGGAGCUUGGAUCCGACGUCUUCAUCGCCGCUAACGCGUUCCAGAUGAACAUGGACUUCAUCAGCGACCCCCAGCGAUACGGUUUCAUCACAUCAAAAGUGGCAUGCUGCGGACAAGGGGCUUACAACGGGGUAGGAAUAUGUAAUCCCCUAUCGAACUUGUGCCCUGACCGGAACGUGUACGCGUUCUGGGACCCGUUCCACCCGACCGAGCGCGCGACCCGGCUCAUCGCCCAAAUGAUCCUGAGUGGCCCGGCCGACUACAUGAGCCCCAUGAACCUGAGCACGAUUAUGGCCUUGGACUCCAAGAUCUGAUAAAAACCGAAGUAUCUCGUGUGGCAAUUUCGGAGCAAUCGGUCUCCGACUCGCAAGUGUGUCUUCUUAAUUCGAGUACGAACUUUACCGCAUGUCAAAGGGUCAACGUAAUUUCCUGUGUUUCGACUUUUUAUGUUGUACUGAAUUAUUGUCUCUUUUCUAAUGAGUGGUUAUUGUUUUCCUUUUAUCUUCGGAAGCAUAUAAUUACCUAUAUAUAAUUGUGUUGAUUUGCUUGUAACUGGGAGUUGUCCCAAAUGGUAUAAAAAACCUUUUGCUAAAA